CUUUUACCCGUCAUCCCCGAUAUCGCGUUGUCUUUCCCAUGGAUGGCAUUUCGCCAAAUCCUUGCGAUCGGGUGCCGUAUGUGUUGAUGAUGCAUGUCGGUUUAUCUGUCAGUAUGUGCAUGUGGUGGUCAAUGGCAAGGGCAGGUGAUCUUCAAGGCUGCAGCUCCGGAAUGAACAGGGCCUUCUCAAUGGCGGAGAGCGGAUAUGUGUGUAUGCAUCUCCAUUAUGCAGGUAUAUUUACAUACGAUGAGUAGUACUUAGCACCCUGACAAGAUCCAUCGGUCUGCAUGUCUCCGAGGAGGUCGGACGUCCACUAGCGUCACUGCCCAGGAAUGUCCUAAAUCAAGGAAUACGUGUCUCCCUGCAGGUCUAGUUUGUAAAUGAUGUCGCGAUACAUAUCCGACUCACCUGGUUAAAUUCUCAAUCUUCUUCGAUUGUACAUCAUACUGGAAGGGUAUUUUUUCGCUCUUCUUCCCUGAUCUCGGGAUCCCCCUAACUUAAGGUGGGGUUCACUCUGAUCUAAUACAUGUUCCAUUGAUAAGGGAUACGGGCUGGUAGGAAAUAUUACCACUCUUGGAAAUGCUGUCUUGCUGUUUGCGACAGUGGUGGGCCAAUUUCUGGUUAGGACCAAAGUAAUUGGCAGUAUAUGGGGCCUGACGUGCGAUACAUUUUACCCUCAAUUUUAGUCACCGCACCCUAAAGUAAGUCAGUGUCCUAUCAGUUCUCCACCCCCCCCCCCC